GGUUCCCCGCACGCCCUGAAAGGAGGCGGUGUGUGGGCCGCGGCCCCGUAGUCAGCAGAGUGCCCGGUCCGGCAGCGAUGGACGCUAUGCGGCUCUGCGCGCUCUGGCUGCCCGGCCUGACCCUCAUCCGGUCGGGGUCGGGAACGGGCCCGGGAGACCCGACUGUGCCGGGUGAGGACGGGUGGGACACAUGCUCUAAUUCCUCCUUCAAGUCCUGUGAAGAAUGUCUAAAAAAUGUUUCAUGCCUUUGGUGUAAUAGAAAAAACACUUGUAUGGACUAUCCUGUGAGAAGUAUUCUUCCAUCAUCUUCACUGUGUCCACUCUACGAUGCUCGAUGGGGUGUUUGCUGGAUGAACUUUGAGGCCUUCAUCAUUGCCAUAGCUGUAAUAGCAGGACUCAUCCUGCUGUCCAUUGCUGUCUGUUGCUGUUACUGCUGCUACUGCAGAAGGCGUUCUAGGGGUAUACCAGAUGAAGAGGAAGAAAGGCUUGCCAGAGAUCGAGAGGAGAGACGAAUGCAAUCUCUUCAGCGGAAACAUGAAAGAAAAAUGAAACAGGAUGAGAUACGCAAGAAAUAUGGUCUCCUUCAGGAUUCUGAUCAUCCUUACAGUAGAUUUGAGAAUGAAUGAAAACAGACACUGUUGAAUCUCCUCAUCGAAAGCUAAGAUUCCAGGAUAAAUGAGCACUUUUUUAUUUUGCUUUUCAGCGGUCUUCAGGCUGCGCUUGUUUUUUUUGUUUUUUUUUUGCAAGUUUUCAGACAGUAAAAAUAAGUGCACAAAUAUUUACUGAAAUACAUAUAUUUUAAAUCUGGCAUAUUUACCUUUUAGAGCUACAUUUUUAUAAACACUUUUGGUUUUUGAAAUGUUUGCCAAUUGUGCUCUCAUUAAAUGUGAAAUGUCAUCUUUCCUUUUCUAAUAAUUCUUUUCUUUGGAAUCUGAUUUAAAUAGUUAGCUUCCUAAUCAUGUAUUUGAACUAAUAUCUUAGCUCACCUUUCUCUUAAAAAAAAAAUAAACAAAAUUCCUGUGUUCCCAUUUUCCUAAAUAAAGAUUUUCUUUCUAAAUCUGUUGUAUGCAUAUAAGUGGUGGCAAGAGUAAAGGAAGUGCUUGACACUGCAGAAAUAUGGUAUUGAUGUUGACAAGAAAUAAUUACAGCAUACAAAUUCUUUAGUAUCAAAAUAGUAUGUAUAGUAUUUUAAAGAUGCAAAACGUGAUUUUUUUUAAUUUUUUUUUUUUUUGGUGUAGCAUAAUCCUGAUGUAAUAGCCUGGUAAUAUACGAACAUUUCUAUGUCCUUGGUGUGGAGAAAAAAGUCUUGAGUUAGUAAAACGGGCACAGAAUCUUUUUGAAAUUCAUGCAAAAUCUGAAUAUACAUUUGUAUAUAGCUUGAGAGGUAAUAUCAGGCUGUUUAAAACACUUUCUUCCAUGAACAGUUCUCUAAAUUAAAAAUACUGCAUAAUGCCAAGAUAGCAUCAGUUUAACAGUAUAAUGAUUUCAUAUUUUUUACCUUUGAGUUUUUUGUGGGAAAUGUUCAUAAUGCAUUGAGUUCUGUCAUCUUCCUGGUUUGGUGGAUUUUUGUUUUUUUCCCCUUUUCUCACACAAAUGCCUUCAUUGAGCAUUUUAAAUAACUUGCUGACAUGAUGCAGCAUGAAGAGGUUCAUUCUUUUUUUUCCUCCUUCAUAUUUAAUGUGAAUUUCCAAUUCUAUAUAGUUGGAAUUUACUGUGUACUAUCUUCUGCUGAAUAAAUUUACAGUACUGAA